CACGAGAUUCGAGGUCAUUUGAGGUCAAAGGGUCAAACGUGUCGUAACACUUUUCACUUUUAUUUGGUUCAUAUCCAGUCAGUAGAUUAUAAGUUUUGGGAUAGACGACACUUUCAUUACCGGUGUAGGAUGCAGCGUUACAGUUAGUACAGGAGGAAGAACCAGAUAUUAGAUCCACGAUGAGUCGAGUGAAGGACCUGUGGACCAGGUACAGAGUAGUGCUAGUGAUGGUUCCUACUAUCAUCGGGCUGCACUGGGGGUGGAACGAGCUACAGAAGAGUGGAAUACUGGAAUCUACAGAGAGUCAGCAGCAGGAAGGUCCAUUCCUGCCCUCUGUGCCGCCUCCAGCUCUCGUCAUGCCACCUAUGCCAGACUUCGAUCAGAUGAAGAAAGAUCAGAAGUAGUACAGUAUAGUACAUGUAUGUACAUGUAUGUGCCAAAAGAUGUCUGGAGUGAUUCCUUCUCCAAAGCAGCAAUCAACUGUUAUUAACCAGUCCCUGAAAGACCCAAAGAAUACACAGGCAGUUUCUACAUUCAGAGCCUUAGUCCAAUCCUGCUAUGGUCCAACAGGGAGACUGAAAAUGAUCCACAAUGCGAGCGGCGGACAUGUCACCUCGACUUCCAUGUCUCAGACUUUGUUUCGCUCCAUGUCUGUCAGUAACCCGGUGGUGAAGUUGAUUGUAUCCGCCGUGCAGUCUCAUACCAAUCAGUUUAGCGAUGGCGGACUGUUCGCUUCCCUUCUGUGUUCCUGUCUCAUAGAAUCGUGUCUGGCGCUACCAAUCCCGCAACAAGCUGUCGCAAAAAUAAACGAAGAAAUGUUGCAUAUCUGUUUGGAAUAUUUGCAGAACGAGAAUUGUCUGUGUAAAGCUAGACUGAAUGUUGGUGAUGCAACAAUGAUGCUAGCUUUAGUCAGGAGUGUACUUGGGUCCAAGCCUGCUCUUAUGUUGAACUCAGUUGAUUUGAAUAUUUUAAGUAGAUUAGUUCUGCAGGGUUUUCUCAAGUCCAUACCAGACACAACUGUAGGGACGUUAAGUCUGACUGACGUUGAGUAUGUGUGUAUAGAGGGAUGCUCCAUUAAUGAUUCCCAUCUGGUGGAUGGGGUUUUGUUUGAGACCCCCAAAAUCACUAAACAAUACUUAGGUAGGGUUAAACCUAGAAAGGUACAUUUUCAUGGAGGCACAGAAACCAUCAAAGUUGCCCUGUUCAACACAUCUCUGUCAGGGGAUAGCGAUGAGUUUAUAGACACUGCAUAUGAGGCAGAUGCUGGUGUGUCUGGGGAUGCCUUUGUAUUCCAACACCUGAUACAAGUGGCAGCACACCUGGUGCAGCUGCAGGUGGGAGUCUUGGCAUGUCAGAAGGUGGUCCAUCCAGGUGUGCAGAAGUACCUUGCUGAGAAUGGAGUCCUGACUGUGGACAGACUGGGCAGUCUGCAUGUUGUAGCAGUACAGAGGCUAACAGGUGCAACAGCGAUUGGCACAUUACAUGCUGCCAUCAAUGAAGACAACAUUGGCCACCUACACAGUAUAAGCACAGUCCAGAUCCAACAUAAGAACUACCUCCACCUCCAGUCUUCCACCAGUCCUGUUAACACACUGCUGCUGUGUAACAGGAACGAGGCAGCCCUGCUAGAAAUGAAGGAUGUUUGUCGUACAGCCCACCAUGUCCUGUGCCAGGCGCUGAGGACCCCACUAGUCCUGUGUGGAGGAGGCUGUACAGAAACACACCUGGCAGCACACCUCAGAGCUCAGGUCACAAUGCAAGAGGAGACGCUCCUUGCUAAGCUCGGCUGCUCCAAAGCUCAACUACACACCACUGCCAACAACUUUGCACGCUGUCUAGAACAAGUGGCCAUGGCACUGGAGCAUGAUGGGGGAUGUCAUGUGUCAGACCCUGUCAAUCAUCACCACUGGCUCCUCCCACCCUGGGCCUCCACCACGGUCCCUGCUGAGACAGGUGUGGAAACAUGUGCAUGCGGGAUGGUAAAAACAGACAAAAUUGACUCAGUCAGCUGCUCACCUAUUGGUCACCUCAGUGACCAAUCCCAGCCCUCCUCUGGUUCAAAAGGUCAUGGAAAACAUUGUGAUGACAAAAGCAAUUGCAGUGCAAGUUUAACAGAUUACAUGGACCAGGCAACACAGAAAUUGGUUGAGUCUGGGCCAAAUGUUGUGUUGGACUCAUUUCCUGUGAAGUUGAAUGCCUUUGUUGUAGCUGUUGAGACAGCUAACAUGAUACUGACUGUCAACAGAACCAUUUUUGACAAAAACUAGAUACUUCUUACAAAACAUAAGAUAUCAAAAUUGCAAUGAAUAAUGCUGCUAAUGCAGAAAUGAUUUAUUUGUUUGAAUUUUUCAAGAUAGGUGUGUCUGAACUGCAUUAUAGACUUUGCACAACAUUAAUUUUUUGUACUAGUAGUUAUGCUUGUAGCUAUAUUUCUUAUUUUGCAUAGCUGAUGCUGUAGAAUUUUUUCCAGUAGAGUGGCCAAUGACUGAACUCUUGCCAUUCUCUACAUUUUUGCUUUGUCUUCAAUGUCUUCUAAAUCCUGUUGUUUGUGUACAUUGAUACCAAGGUCAGCCGCCCAUGUCCAAGAUCGGAUUUCAGUUGUUUUGAAAACAUCUUAACCCAAUAAACAUCCUUGUCCCUGUUGUUGACAGAAUAACUUCACGCAUGAUAAGACUGCAGCAAAAAAGGUGUUAAUGAAAAUGCCAAGGUCACGCCGUACUUGUUUUACAUGCCCUGUCUGACGUUGUAGUGCAUAAUACCUGGCUCAAAAUAAGAACGUCCCACUUUUGAAAAGGGGUGAAAAGGGUAUAUCUAGCUUGAUCCAUUCAUAAGACAGGGACAACUGCCAGUGAUCAGGAAUUGUGAGUGACUGACAAUACACAGCUGGAAAUGUCACAAUGCAAUCUAUCUUAUCAUUUUCCCCUGAGCAUACAUGUAACUCUUUUCUGUGCCUGACCUGUACUUAACAGACAUGUUUUUACACUGU